AUGCGUGCUCAAGCAAACCACAUAGAAGACAGCAACAGCAGCAAAGAAAAAUGGACAUCAUUAGGAAUUACUCAAGGUCGAGCAUCAUAUGGACAAGAACGAAUUUGGUUCGAUGAGCAAAUUCGAUUUAACGGACGUAAUGAAAUGAAGAAAAUAGCAAUGUACAAUCUUCCAUUGUGUUAUAAAGUUAAAUGUGGAUCGGUAUCCGUUGAACGUGUGCGUCAGGCACUAUCGAUAAUGGUCGACGAACAUUCGAUACUUCGAACAUCAUUAUCUUACGAUACUGAACAACAGUACUUGAAACAGGAAAUUGUACCGUUGAAGGAUUCAGUUUAUUCGUUUCAACUUUCAACAAUAAAAAGCGAACGAGAAAUAAAAGAAAUUAUGAAAAAUGAAAAAACCAAUAGCAGUUUAUUCGAUCUGGAACAAGGUCGAGUAUUUCGUUGUCAUUUGAUUCGUCGAUCAGACAGUAGCAACAGCAAUGAUGAUCUACUAAAUCAAAAUGAUUUACUCCUGUUUAAUAUUCAUCAUUCGGCAUUCGAUGGCUACUCCCAGUAUCGUUUGUUUCCACAAUAUUUACAUUUGGCUUACACGAAUACCAUCUAUGAAGGACAUCAGCGACAAAUACAAUAUAUUGAUUACUCAAUCUAUGAACGACAAAUGAAUAUGAGUGAUGCUAAACAUUAUUGGCAGCAGUUGUUAGAUGGUUACAAUAUCGAUAAACAAUUCACUUUACCAUAUGAUCACAGACACGAACAACAGGAACAACGAACGGGUAUUGGAGCAACGGUCACUUUCAAAUUCGACACAUUACUUGUUGAAUCGAUGAUUGCCCAUGCGUCUGAAAUGAACGUGUCACUUUAUCAAUUGUGUUUAUCAUCGUAUUACGCGUAUUUAUUUAAACAGACACAAGAUCAAGACUUGUGUGUGGGGAUAUUCCCUGACAACCGUUAUCGACCAGAAUUACAAUUUAUCAUCGGCAUGUUUACUAACCUUUUACCUCUGCGUUUACAUAUUGAUCCACGACAAUCGUUUCAUGAUCUUAUCGCACAAGUCAGACAUUUGUAUAUACAAUCGAUAGAACAUUGUUACAUGCCAUAUCAACAAAUAAUCGAUUUACAUCGUCAACAACAAUCAUCAUUAGUUCUACUUCCGUUUGUACGAACAGCGUUCAUAUACACUGAAGAGCCAAGCAAUCAUUUUCAGUUGGAUUUGGAUGACAAUACUGUUUUGAGUGAAUUUAAUAUACACGAUGAGGAAAAUAAAACCGCUGGCAUAUCCAAAUUCGAUCUGACAUUAUCAAUUGACUAUGAACCUGUUGAUACUACACUCUGUUUUACACUCGAGUACAGUCUAGAUUUAUUUGAGCAUUUCACAGUUGAACUCAUUUCACAUCGAUUUUAUAUGCUUUUAAAACAAUUGUUUUCAUCGCCCUCAUCCAUUGACAAGUCUUUGUAUAAAUUGUCAAUUCUUCUACCACACGAAGUCAAUUUAAUAAAUGAAUUGAAUAUUACGGAUGCCACAUGUGAACAACAACAAUGUAUUCACCAACAGUUUGCUUAUAAAGUUCAACAUCAUCCACAGAAAGUAAGUGUCGUAUUAGACGAACAAUUACUGACGUAUUGUGAAUUACUCUACUACGUACAAUUGAUGUCCUUGAGCCUGAUGAACGACUACAAUGUUAAACCACAACAAAUCAUUUGUCAAUGUUUGGAUCAAUCCAUUGAAAUGGUUAUUGGUAUCCUAACAAUUCUUACAUGUGGUGCUACAUACUGUCCCUUAUCACCACAAGAUCCACAGCAACGUUUACUUUCACUGGUUGCCGAUGUUCAAGCUGAAACGAUCUUGGUUCAUCAUAAAACACAGGAAAAAUUCGCUCAGAGCAACAUUGCUGCGAUAAAUAUUGAAUCACUGAUUGAAAACUUGGGGAAAAUCACAGAUCAACAUUUAUCUCUUUUAUCCACUGUGCAUGUGAGUAUGAAUGAUCAGGCAUAUUUGAUAUUCACAUCUGGCUCAACCGGUCAUCCAAAAGGUGUUAUAAUCAGUCACAUAAACUUCGCCAAUUUUAUCAUUGGAUCAAAUAUUAAACAGCAAAUGCCGGCUGAUAGUGAGGUUUUAUUGCAAUUAUCUCAAUGUUCAUUUGAUGUUCACAUUACUGAAAUCUUAGGUUCACUUAUUGUUGGUUAUCAAUUGGUUUUAUUGCAUCCGAAUGGUCUAUUCGAUUUACAUUAUUUGUCAGCAACGAUCAAGAGUCAUCAAAUAACACAAAUGGAUACCGUGCCAACGUAUUGUCAUACAUUAUGUGAAUUUUGGAUAAUAAAUAAAUACGAACGAUUUGAUACUAUUCGAUGGUGGAGACUGGGUGGUGAAAAACUAUAUUCGAAGACAAUAACUCAAUUAUUGCCUUUUGUUGCACCACAAAAUAAAUGUAAAAUAUUUAACUUAUAUGGUCCUACUGAAUGUACAAUUUGUACUACUGGCCAUGUGAUUACGACUGAAGAUUUAAAAUCACAUUUGAAUACACCAAUACCGAUCGGACGUCCAUUACACAAUUAUCAUUGCUACGUGCUUGAUGACUAUCUUGAGCCUGUUAUACCCUCGAAUCAAAUAGGUGAGUUGUACAUUGGUGGACCAGGCGUGUUUCUCGGCUAUUUCAAUCGACCAGAUUUAACAAAACAAUCUUUCGUGAACAUAAAUGGUGAACAAUGUUAUCGGACUGGCGAUUUAAUAAAACUAAACGACAAUGGCGAAAUGGUUUAUGUUGACCGACGAGAUUUUCAAAUAAAAUUGAGAGGACAACGUGUUGAGAUCGGUGAGAUUGAACAAACAAUUUUAAGAUCAUCGUCCAGCAUUGACAACUGCGUGGUUGUUAAAUAUACGAAUAAUCAACAACAGGAACAUUUGCUUGCCUAUAUCGAGGCGUCAACGAUUACUGAAUCAUCGUCAAUUAGACAAUAUUGUCAAUCACAACUUCCACGCUAUAUGAUUCCAUCAUUAUUCAUUAUACUCGACAAACUGCCAUUGAAUGCAAGUGGAAAAGUCGAUCGAAAACAACUGGUUUUACCUGAUCUAAAUCAACAGUUUAACGAAGACGAAUAUUGUGAACCACAGACAGAAUUGCAAUGGCAAAUUCACGACACAUGGUGUCAACUGUUGAACAAAGAGCGAAUAUCGUUGAAUACAAACUUCUUUUCAUUGGGUGAAAAUUCAUUAUCAUUGACAAAGUUGUAUAAUGAAUAUCAGUCGAAAUAUUCGUUCAAGUCAAACAUAGGAAUUCUAUUUAAUCAUGCAACAAUUAAUGGGCAUGCUAAAUUGAUCGAAAAGUGUAUUCGUCAGCAAAACUUAAACAACAAUAAAAGUGUGGUGUGA